AUCUGCGUUUUCAGAGCAGUCAAUAUAAUUAUUUUGAUAUAGCACAUCACAAACAAUGAAGGGCCUCAAGAAAGACACCAGCGCUACGCUGCUCGACGUCGACGAGUCUAUCCUCACCAACAGCCUGCGUCUGCACGGCGGUGUUGAUGCACCUCAGGAGCUGUCACAGCUGCUGCCAGAUCCACGUCUCGCCAACGCCAUCACCAUCUCCCCUCUGCCUGGUAUGUGCGUCAAGACGAAGCUGUUGCGAGGUGACAACAAAAUCUUUAUUAACGUCUGCACGAGCGGCACCAUCCCGCCUCCUGAGGACCUCACUGACGACGAACUCCUCGAGAUUCUGAACAGCGACGAGCCGUCCGAUUUCCGCAUCCCGAUGUCCAUCGGAGCUCCACAUGAAGAAGUCGACAAAAAGGGAAAGUCGUGCACUGCGUACGACGUCGUGGUCAACCCCGAGUUCCUGGACAAGGCUCGCGACAAUUUGCUGUUCAACAACUUUUUCGUGAUCGCCACGUGCGAGGCGCUCGAGAUGAAGUACGACAUCGAACUCGACAAGAACGGCUGGACCAUCUUGAAGAACAAGCUGUACUUGGGUACUCUGGAGAAGCAGUCUGUGCGCACCGCCGUGCCCCUGGUGCAAGAGCUCAGCGGCAAACGCCCUGCCCCGAAGUCAGACUCCACAGAGUCUAAAGAAUCUCUGCUCACUGUUAGAUCAUCUCGAUCUCUGACAGAGUCUAAAGAAUCUCUGCUCACUGUAAGAUCAUCUCGAUCUCUGACAGAGUCUAAAGAAUCUCUGAAACUGAACUCCACAGACGACCUCAAGAACAUGGAUGUGGAGGAUGUUGUUUCUCAAAGCAGCAAUCCAAUAAGCAAUAAAGAUAAACACGCGCGACAACUAACCCCCCUGGAGACAAGAAAGUUACAAGGGGAUAAUGAGACAAAGAAGAAACUCAAACCAAAGUGUGAACUGAAAAGACUGUUGAGCGAAAAUAAAGUUGGACCCAAAGAAAUGAUCGGCGUUGCUGCGUAUAUCGAGCUCCCUGGCCAGAUGAUGUUGGUGCGCGCGCCACUUCUCGCCACAUGA